AGGUUGACCAAUGACAGCAGGAGUUUCUUUUAGUCCCGCCCUCCAUGAAGCUAGCUUGUAAAAAGUAAAAACUGUCAAGUGAAGUCAGUCCGUCCGGAGGAAGUUAAAGUUAUAAACUGUAACGGGAUUAUAUACUCUUCAUCACCAAUCAACAUGAGUGAUCCUUGGCAAGAGUGCAUGGACCACUGUGUGGAGGUCACCAAAAAGGCUGGGCAGGUGAUCCGAGAGGCGCUGCAGAAGGACAUCACCGUCAUGCAGAAGAGCUCACCGGUUGACCUGGUGACCGAGACAGACCAGAGAGUGGAACAGCUUAUUAUAGCCUCCAUCAAGGAGAAGUACCCCGCUCACAGCUUCAUAGGUGAGGAGUCAGUGGCAGCAGGAGCUCCCAGCGUUCUGACUGACGACCCCACUUGGAUCAUCGACCCGAUCGAUGGCACCACCAACUUUGUUCACAGGUUCCCAUUUGUGUCUGUAUCAAUUGGCUUCACCGUGAAGAAAGAGAUAGAGUUUGGGGUUGUCUACAGCUGCAUAGAGGACAAAAUGUACACCGCACGGAAAGGGAAAGGGGCAUUCUGCAACGGAAAACCCAUCAAAGUGUCUGGACAAGAAGAUAUCAGCCGAUCCAUCGUACUGACAGAAAUGAACUUCAGCGCGGAUCCUGAGCGUUUCAAUACAAUGUUGGCUAACGUCAAGACCAUCCUCACCAUCCCUGUGCAUGGUAUCCGCUCCCCGGGCAGUGCAGCUGUCAACAUGUGUCUGGUAGCGUGUGGGUCGGCUGAUGCUUAUUACCACAUGGGCAUCCACUGCUGGGACAUGGCGGGGGGGGCAGCCGUCGUCACCGAAGCUGGAGGAGUGAUCAUGGACAUUUCAGGUGGAGCGUUUGAUCUGAUGUCUCGGAGGCUGAUCAUCGCCAGCAGCAGAGCCAUAGCAGAGCGCAUCGCUAAGGAGAUAACAGAGUUUAACGUUGGCAGGGACGACACAGAAGGCUAGUGAAAUCAUUUCCAUCACGUUCUUUACCAACUCUACGGCUACUUAACCACCCGACUGUCUGGUAUUUAACAGUCGGGAUUCCGUCUUCGCCUUAAGAGCCAAAAUCAUAAACUGACCUCUGAAGAACGACGCUUAAGACUUUCAGUUUCCUUUCUGCUUCCUUAUAAGUCCAUUCACACAUUCAAACUUUUGUAUUGUUUUUUUUGGACAUUAAUGAGUUUGCGACGAUAUAAUUAUCCUUAUAGGUUUUAUAGCCUUUUCUUGUUAUUUCUAUUUAUUGAUAUGGACGAUGCAGUCAGCAAUAAAUCAUUGGUGAAGCACCGUUAUACAGCACUGAUGUUGUUAUUAAAUAUCUAGGUGUUGACUAGGCAGGAAUUUGAAUAUAUUUGAUGCUAGAUUUGUUUACACAGCAGCACGUAUAUGAAUAUCAGAGUGUAGUACACCAAAUACUGCGUGCAUAUAUAACCACUGUACUGUGUCAAGCUUAUACACAGUGAUAAUGUAGUGUUCAUGAAAACGUGUGUUUUGUAAGUAUCUUAUGAAGGAAGACAAUAAAAAACUAUAAAUAUA